UGGGCUUUCUGAAUGUCCCUCUUUGAAAGGUGUCUAUUUAGAUCCUUUGCCCAUUUUUUGAUUGGAUUGUUUAUCUUCCUUUUGUUAAGUUGUAACAUUUUAGCAAUUGCAUAACAUGCAGCCAUAAGGCUGUGCCCUAUUUUUUGACGGAUCCUUUAUUGUUGGACAUUGGUUUCUCAUUUUUGCUGUUAAUCACAACAGCAAAGAGACAGAGAGAAAUAUCGAUGUGAGAGGAACACGUCGAUUGGUUGCCUCCUGCACAAGCCCUGACCAGGGUGCCAGGGAGGAGCCUGCAAUCAAGCCUGCCCGGAGAAGCUCGGAGAUCCUUGCCCCUUCUAUUUGAGGAACUCUUUUGGACAACACAAAUGAUUUGAUCAUUCAGGACAGAACUGCUCUAGAGGAGCUCUGGACAACGGCUAGUGCCCAGCAGUCCCUACAGGUGGUGCUGGGGUGGUGCACCAACAACGAGCGGGUGUGUUCCAGUUGCUGGCUCCGAUGCCUUUCUAGGGUAAGCCGUGGCCUGGCUCCUGGGCUCCUAGUAGCGGGAGGCUCCUACCUCCCCGAGCCCCAUUGCUUCUGCUGCUCGCUCGCUUCGGACUCUGGCACGAACCCCACCCGCUGACACGGUCCUUCCGGGGAAUUGGACGGCGGGAUGGCUGCGCAGGGCGCGCCACGCUUCCUCCUGACCUUCGAUUUUGACGAGACCAUCGUGGACGAAAACAGCGACGACUCGAUUGUGCGCGCCGCGCCGGGCCAGCAGCUGCCGGAGAGCCUGCGCGCCACCUACCGCGAGGGCUUCUACAACGAGUACAUGCAGCGGGUCUUCGAGUACCUGGGCGAGCAGGCGUCGGCGCCGGACCUGCGCGCCGUCUACGAGGCCAUCCCCCUGUCCCCGGGCAUGGGCGACCUGCGGCAGUUCGUGGCCAAGCAGGGAGCCUGCUUCGAGGUGAUCCUCAUCUCGGACGCCAACACCUUCGGCGUGGAGAGCGCGCUGGGGGCCGCGGGCAACCUGGGUUUGUGGCGAAUCUUCGGCAAUGGUGGGGCCGAAGGGCAGGCUUUUGGGGUUUGGGGCCCUUUCCACGCGAAAAGUUUGGGCCGGGGGCGCCCCAAGAAAAAUUGUGCAAAGCAAAAAGGGUGUCUCAGGAGCGACUACCUGCGCGAGCGGGCCCAGGACGGCGUGCACUUCGAGCGCCUUUUCUACGUGGGCGACGGCGCCAAUGACUUCUGCCCCAUGGGGCUGCUGGCCGGCGGCGACGUGGCCUUCCCGCGCCGCGGCUACCCCAUGCACCGCCUGAUCCAGGAGGCGCAGGAGGCCGAGCCCAGCUCGUUCCGCGCCACCGUGGUGCCCUGGGAGACCGCCCACGACGUGCGCCUCCACCUGCAGCAGGUGCUGGAGGCGUGCUGAGACGGCGGCCUGCAGGGGGCGCCCCGACCAGGAGAGAGGAAGGGAGAUCGGGAAAGACAAUCUAGUUUUUUAACUUCCUUUCCCUUUCGCUUUGGUAUGUCCCCCUUUGGUGUGGAAUUUCUAGAAUUCCAGGCCCGUCCAUUGCGGGCUGAAGGAGGGAGUUCAGAGCAAACGAACGAUCCAUGCAGUUAAACCAGCGCGGCCGCCCCCCUCAGAGCCACAGCAAACACUUAAAUUCUGGACAGUGGCCCAACCCGGGUGACGUGCAUUCCUGGGAAGGCAGCAGCGUUUCCUAAAAGCUCGUCCUCUGAACUGGGAGGAAGAGGUUCCCUUGUAGGCGAGAGAACUUUAACGGCUGCCCGCCCGUAACUUCCCCUCUUCCAGUCUUAGGUCAAGGAGGAAUCCUCCUACAUCGACUCCCCGCGGAGAGAGGAAGCUCUCUGCCGACAGCCCCAGGCCUAGAUUUCGCUUCACCUACCCCGAUGCCAUACUACAUCCCUUUUCUUGCCUCCCCUUCCCCGCCCAUCCGGCCAGAAACCCAAAGGAAGAAAAGCCAGACGGAACAGUCGCCUCCUGGUGGUGGAACGAGGUAGCACACUGUCUGGCUUGGGUCAGACCAGCCAGGAACCUCGCAGCGGUGCCUCGGUGUCUUCUCAUACCCCAGCCUCCUCUAUGCAACAAGACCAGGGACAACCAAAGUCACCCCCGUGGGCUGGGCCCUCUGCGGCCCCCUCCUCUCCUAUGGAACAGAAAGCCAGG